UUAGAUUAGGUAUGUUAGGGUAGUUGAUAAAAAUAUUGACAUUUAUGCAUGCGUGUAAGAUUGAAUGACAGUGUGCGUUACUCGUAUGUGACAAUCAGUUUUCCUGAAGCAAUAGCGAACUGUAAAUGCGUAGCGGUGCGGGUAGCGGAGGCGUGCGAGCGCGCUCGGUGGUGGUGGCGGCAUGGGCGGUGAGCAAGGGAUGCAGCCCGGCUCGGUGGUGCACGGACGAUCGGAUCGGGCUGCGGCUGCCGGCUCUCAGUGUCGCUCAGAUCGCGGCGCGCGUUGGUCGUGCGUCGAGCGCGUGUGGAGUGAUGUCUGCGAGAUGAGGCUGUCGCUGGUGCUACUGUGGCUGGGCGCGGCGGCGGCAUGCGGCCCGAGCCGCGGCUACACCCGCCGUCAGGGCGCGCGCCGCAUCUCACCCUUGGUCUUCGGGCAGCACGACCCCAACAUUGGUGAGAACAGGAAUACCGCCAGUGGACCUCCUGAGGGUCGCAUCACCAGAGACGACGAGAGGUUUAAAGACUUAGUGCCGAAUUAUAAUCCGGACAUCGACUUUAGGGAUGAUGAGGGGACUGGUGCUGAUCGCCUCAUGACACAGAGAUGCAAAGAGAAGCUGAACACGCUGGCGAUCAGCGUGAUGAACCAGUGGCCCGGAGUGCGGCUGCGUGUCAUCGAAGGAUGGGACGAGGAGAACUCGCAUCUAGAAAACUCUCUGCACUACGAGGGCCGCGCGGUCGACCUCACCACCAGUGACCGCGACCACUCCAAGUACGGCAUGCUCGCGAGGCUUGCAGUGGAAGCCGGCUUCGACUGGGUCUACUAUGAGAGUCGAUCGUACAUACACUGCUCCGUCAAGACAGAGUCUUCCGUGGGAACCGGUGCAGGUUGUUUCCCUGAAGGUGCCAUGGUGUAUACAGAGAAAGGUCCUCGCGAUAUCACAACAAUACGAAUAGGAGAUAAAGUGCUGUCCGCUUCAGACGACGGCAAAAUGAUUUAUUCUGAGGUAUUAACUUUCAUCGAUCGCGAUCCAAAUGCCACACGGCAGUUCAUUGAAGUGACAGCAGAGAACGGUGUGACGAUCACGACUACACCGUCGCAUCUACUGCUGCUAGCGGCGGCCGACGGCUGGCGGGAGUCGUUCGCGGCUAAUGUCGAGAUCGGGGACGUACUCCUGACGAGAGGACCGGCCGACGUUAUGCGGCCGUCCAGGGUCGUGAAGACCCGUAUGUUGUCGAAGCGCGGAGUGUACGCGCCUCUGACAAGGACUGGUACGAUCAUAGUGGACGACGCCUUGGCGUCCUGCUACGCGCUGGUCCGGAGCCACUCGCUGGCGCACGCGGCGAUGGCUCCGCUCCGGUGGAUGGCGCGGUGGAGCGGCUCCAGCGAGCUGCCGCGCGGCGUGCACUGGUACGCGAGCGCUCUCUACUCGUUCGGGGACUUCGUGCUACCGACCUCGUAUAGGUAUCGCUAGCGCAGUGAGUGAGUGCGGACAAUAUGUGGUCGGUGUGAGAAUAAACCGCGCGCGGGACGUGCACAAGGACACUGUUGUAAAUAUCGAUCGUGUAAAUAGUAGAGUGAGUAUGACAGACUACGAUAUGUAAAUACUUGGGUCGCGAACAUUAAAAUGUUUGAUAUUAUAUGUAUACGCUCGUCGUUAGCGGGCUUUACUUACCCUCGUUGGAAUUUAUUUAUUAAGUAAUUUAAGAAACUUUUUGCAAAUUUUGCAUAUUAUUUAGUUAACUUACGAAUAUUUUUGUAAAUUGUAUCGGUAUUGUUAUUCUGCACAAUGCAGAAAUACUUAAAUGUAUGCGCUUAUGUUAUUUUAAGUUACUGUAUAAAGAUUAGGAAUAAAAUUAAUUCACUUCUUUAGCAAAUCCGAAGAAAAAUAUUUGUGUAAUCACGGGUUUUGAUUGCAACAGUGCAGUGUUCGUACUUUCAGUACGAGGUUCAGCUGUAACCAGACAUUCCAUAACUCUAAUCUUUCAUCUACUUACACACGUUAGAAAUGAUGAAAUUGUGAUCUUGGUACCUAAAAACGUGCCUUAAGAUUUUAUUUAUUGUUAUUUAUAAGCUAGGUGUCUAUUUAUGAAUUGACGAAAGUAUUUAGGUCUAACUUAUUCUAUUAUGUCCGAUACCGUCUUUAUUUCUAAGCAACUAUUUAUUUAAUACUCUUAAUAAUCUUCCAAGUUUUCUUUCAACGCUUGACAUCGUUUAUUGUUCGCUUUAAUUUCGAAGUAUCUUUGUUGUUUCUCUAACAAUGCAUGACUUGAUGAUAGUACUAACACUCGCGCGUGUCCUGCGGAUGCGACACGACAUGCGGCUACUUUUAUAGAUCACUUGUUAGAUCUUGAACUGAAGUAUGGGUUCCUAUAGAUUGAAUUUAGUGGAAUGUUGUAAGACUUGUGAGUGCAACAAUAAUUUUUAGAAAUAAUUUCUUAGGACAAAAUUGUUUGAAUUAUAUUUAUUAUAUGAAACAUUCACAUCUGUGCUAAUUGCUAAUUGAUUGAUGUCAGCGAUAAACAUUAACUAAACUUCUAAGUUAUAAAAUAGUAAUUAGUGCUUAUGUAGACUUUACUAACAAAUUUUAUAGGUACAUACAUAAAUCGGAAAGCUUUAACUAAUAUUUGGACAAUACAUUUAUGCCAUAUUAAUAUAACUUAGUUUAAAAAACUAAAUGCUAUACAGUGGGUGUAACAGUGUCGCCCUUUUCAGUGUACAUCAGUGGAGAGUUUUAUUUAUAGUUUGAUAUCAUAAUAUGUUGACAGUCACCGUAGAAUUAAUUACUUAUGUAUGUGUAGAUCCAUCGAAGUUCUUUUUGUUUGCCAAGAUAUUACUAUUCAAACACUUAUCUUUUUCGAUACGGUCUAGCAGAUAAAUGGGAAUAAAGUUACAAAGAAUAGGCAACAAUGGUUAAUUACAAAGCAGAAAUGAUAAGAACAAACAGUCACUCUUGAAGUUGUAUGUCACUCUGACGUCAAACCGAAGGUCGAUAGUUCGUCGUAGUGCGAAUAUUUUAAUCAAACAUUGCCUUAGUUGUGCCUUAACGUUGCCGUUAUUUGCGUAACAUGCCUAUACCAACACAUAAUGAGUUAAACGAGUAUAUAAGUGCUAUUUCAUUAUUUGAUUACUAUGUUAACUAGGGAAUGGAAUUUGUUACAUUAUGUUGUUCAAUGUAAACUAACGGAGCCUUAUUUCAAAUAGUAUAAAUCCACAUUUAUCUAAUGAAGUAUUCCUGACUUUUUAAUCAUGUUGAAAAUAUAUCUAUUAAGAAAACAACUGUUUUGCAAAUCGUUACUUGUAUUGAAUCAAUAAUUAAGAUAUUCCCUACAAUACAUAAUUGUAUGACAUCAUUUGUAUUUGUAUAUUUAUUUACAUUUUUGUCUGAUAUGAGAACAGUUCCAGAGUAUGAUAGAAAGUUGUUGAACUGUUAUUUUGCUGUUCAGCCUAGUACCAGAAUAAAAAGCUUGUAAAAAGGCAAUAAGAUUAACGAUAACUCAAGGAUUAUAAACAACAGUUUGGAGUAUCUUUUCCGUCAAAAUGUUUAAUAAUUACAUGUAACUAUAACCAGUGCUUUACUUAUGUGCUAUUUCUGUGCUUCCAAUACGGUGCGUAGGAAACUCUAGUAAAUAUGUAUUGUAUCCAUAAAAUAAGUGAAAAACCAAUGUAUGAUACAACGAUACGUAAUUAUACUUUUACACUAUUUAUUUAUUGACGUUAUAUUUGUAUUAAUAUAUAAAAAAUGGCGUUCAGUCUCCACGUGUUGGUUAGUGAGGGGACUAAUGAUGUUUCAGAGCUUCUUGUAAAGAAAGUUAAUGUUGAGGACAUUAUUUGAUGUACCACUGUCGUGUUAUCAAAAUGUAUUAUAAUAUCAAAAUAAAUAAAAUGUUGGCUUUGUGGACAUA